GAACGAGGCUAGGUAUAAAACGAACCCAAUUGCAUUAGCGACAACAUAGCUGGUCGAGUCUUCCAAUCAUGGCUAGCUUGCAAAGCUUGUGUUCUGUGCUAGUAUUGUCUGUCUUCCUUCAUACUGCAAUUGGAGCUAGUGAUAACCCCACCCUGGAUGUCAAUCCUAAUGCUCCAAAAACCAGAGGAAGCAGAUUUGCUCUGGCUUUCAUGCAGAAUCACGCACGAACUGCAGCCGUCACAGAACAACAAAUUGGUCUUUUCAUCACCACUGAACAGGAGAGCUCACGUUUCACCCUAGAGACACGAUGGCCGGGAGUGAAUGGAGCAGGAUUCACUGAGACCUCUCCUGGAUCUGGGCUGUGGUCUCGCACGGAAAUCGCUCAACAAGGAGAAUUCACUUUCAUUAAUCUGCCGGCAGGAAGGGGUGGCCAACAAGACAUAGCCGUGCAAAACAAUGGAGAAACCGAUGAAGCUGAAAGACAAAAGGGACUGUUUAUAACAGCAGAAAAUGCAAACGAUGAGCUCACCAUAUAUGUGCUUAGUGAUGAAUUGGUCUCCACUGAUGCGUACAUGGCUAUCAACUGUGUCGAGUUUCCAGGUGCGACAGAUUACAAGUACUUCAUCUUUUCAUCUGAUGUAUUCGGUGGAGAACGAUUUGAGAGUCGAUUUCUCUUUACUCCUUGUCAAGAUGACACUACUGUCAGUGUACAAGCCUCCCAAACCCAAACCCAUCCCUCUUGGGUGCAACCGAGUUCUGCCAACCCAAGUGCUCGAGUCGAAGCAACGUAUGGGAGGACUCUCAAUCGUUUUGACACUGUGAUGAUCAGCAAUCUUGACGAUCUUACUGGCUCUAUCAUCACUUCUGACAAGCCAUUGGCUGUAUUCUCUGGGCAUCAAUGUGGAACUCCUACUGAUGAUGGAACUUGCGACUAUCUUGUAGAACAAUUGCCACCUCAUCCAACGUACGGUGACCUGUUUUUCAUGGCUCCCUUUGCUGUCAGACAAAGCGGUGAACUGUACAGAAUUGGCUCCCUUGGGGCUGGAGCACAAGUAACAAUCAAUUGUGAGUGUUUACCAAGUUCUGCUGAUGGGAAUAAUCGAGUUGGACUGGUUAGCGCUGGAAAUGGUGUUUACACGGCCACAGUGGGUGCAGGACAAUAUGCUGAGUGUCAGACACCUCAGAAUGCUCAGACCUAUUGUUGUGUUACGUCCUCUCAACCCGUUACUAUGGCUUCUUACACACUUGGAAACUUGAUUGACAACCUUCAAAACAUACAGGAUCCACCACUUCCUUUUAAUCCGAUCGGAGAUCCAGCCCUCGUUUAUAUACCACCAGCUAACUCCUAUUUGAAUAGUUAUAGUCUCAGUACAGCCAAAAAUUUGACCACUCAGUUCCAGGGAUUUCUAAGCUACAUCUUGCCCACUCGCAUCUUCAAUAAUUCCCCACAAGAUCAGCAGAGGUUUCGUAUAAAUGGAGAAACAUACAUUCCCGACCAAUACGAGGCUAUCAACUGUUUAGUGGAUGGUUCAAAUGAGGUGUGUGCUUAUGGAGCUACUAGAUUUUUGGGCGUAGGUAAUUUUGACAUUUCUUACGACAACAUUGAAAGUGGAGCAUUCUGGGGAUUUGCAUAUGGCUACGCUCGAGAGGUUUCCUUUGCUUAUCCUUUGCCUUUUGAAAUGGAGCCAGUUGGAUUGGCCUGGAUUCGAGCAGUGGAUCAAGUUGUACUGGAAACUGUUGGAACGGUUGAUCUCAUGUUUAGUAUCACCCGUGGUGAUCAAUCAGAGCGUAGUAGAGCAUUUGCUGAGACUCAAGACCUCUCAGCCAUAGAAGGCUCUGAUUAUAGUGAUCCUCCGCCACAAAGAAACGGUGGGCCCGAACAAAAUGGCAAUCUGCGAUGGGGCAGAGGUGCUAUGACCCCUAACACUCCAUACGUAGUCACUAUUUUGGAUGAUGACAUUCCAGAGCCAGUGGAAGUGGUGGAGGUGAUUGUGCAGUGUGUUGCAGGAGAGAACUGCUACCUGCCCAGAACUCGAUACACCAUUACCAUUAUUGAUGAUCAAGGUGCCUGUCUUGACCUACCUGCUUUCUCUGGUGGCUCCAUCUCAUACAACUUCAGGAUUUUCCCAGAGAUUGGUGGUCGACCAUACGGAGCAGUUGCCACGUACGAGUGUGAUGAUGGAAGUAUUUUGGUUGAACCAACAAGGACUUGUGAGAAUGGAGCGUGGUCAGGAAGUGAACCAAGCUGUGGGAUGCCUCCAGCAGGUAUUGAGAUUAUGUUUAGCAUGGCAAUAUUCUCGUUUGCUGAGAAUGUUGUGGGUGGUCAAGGCUUUGUGGAUAUUGUGAGCAACAUACCAGCUACACAGAGCUUCACGUUCAACGUUAAUGGAGGUCCCAGCACUCAAGACUUUGUGGUUACGUCGGCAGCUGGUCUUCCUGGUCAGGUGACAUUCCCUACCGGCCAGACAUCUGUCAGAGUACCGUUUACCAUCAAUAACGAUGAGGUUGGUCUGGAGGAUCUGGAGAGCUAUUUAGCAUCUCUCUCUCUCACCUCUGAGGCUAUUGCCGCUGGAGUAUCUCUGGGAGCCAUCUCUCAAGCCAGUGUACAAGUGGUGGAUGAUGACGAGGUCCGUCUGAGUGUGGGUCAGACAACGUACAGUGCUCAAGAAUCUGACGGCUCAGUCACUCUCUCCUAUGUGCUCAACCGAGAGGCUGUCAGAGACGUGUCAUUUGAUGUCAUCAACACUGAUGGAACAGCCACUGGAGGUGGUGUCGAUUAUGACUCUGCUGGCUACUCUCUGAACAUUCCUGCCCGUCAAACUAGUGUGUCCAGAACCGUUGCCAUAACGAUGGACAGUCUAGGAUUUGAAGGAGACGAGAACUUUGUCAACGGCAUAUUCAGUAUCAGCACUGUUGGUGUGGGGGUGGGUGAUCCUGCUGCCAUGGUUACCAUUCAAGACUCUGAUGGCAUUGAGAUUACGUUUAGCAUGGCGAUAUUCUUGUUUGCUGAGAAUGUUGUGGGCGGUCAAGGCUUUGUGGAUAUUAUGAGCAACAUACCAGCUGCACAGAGCUUCACCUUCAACGUUAAUGGAGGUCCCAGCACUCAAGACUUUGUGGUUGCGUCGGCAGCUGGUCUUCCUGGUCAGGUGACAUUCCCUGCCGGCCAGACAUCUGUCAGAGUACCGUUUACCAUCAAUAACGAUGAGGUUGGUCUGGAGGAUCUUGAGAGCUAUUUGGCAUCUCUCUCUCUCACCCCUGGGGCUAUUGCCAGUGGUGUAUCUCUGGGAGCUAUCUCUCAAGCCAGUGUACAAGUGGUGGAUGAUGACGAGGUCCGUCUGAGUGUGGGUCAGACAACGUACAGUGCUCAAGAAUCUGACGGCUCAGUCACUCUCUCCUAUGUGCUCAACCGAGAGGCUGUCAGAGACGUGUCAUUUGAUGUCAUCAACACUGAUGGAACAGCCACUGGUGGUGGUGUCGAUUAUGACUCUGCUGGCUACUCUCUGAACAUUCCUGCCCGUCAAACCAGUGUGACCAGAAGUGUUUCCAUAACGAUGGAUGGCGUAGGAGGAGAGACACCCCCUGAAACAUUCAAUAAUUCUAUCAGUUCGAUCAACACAGUUAGUGUAGCCGAUGGUCCAGCCGAGGCUACUGUCCAGAUCAUGGACUCCGAUGUACCAGUUACCGUGUCAUUUGGAGAAACUGAAUACAAUUUUGUUGAGAACGAGGUUACAGGCACUAUUCGAGUGGUGACCUCAAGACCCUCUCCUGUUGACUUCUCAUUCACCGUUACUGCUCCUCUCAGUGAUACCCAGUUCAUAUCCCCGUCUGGUGGAUCUAUUGAUUUCACUGCGACUUUCCCAGCCGGUGCCAGCUCGUUUGACAUCACAUUUCCCAUCACUGACGACGUCGUUGCCCUUGAGGCAGUGGAGGAACUAAUUGCCACACUGAGCCUUAACAACGUACCUACUGGAGUGGAACUCGGCACACCCAGUACGACUGUUAUCAGGAUACAAGACGAUGAUGAAUUUUCUGUCGGCUUUGUGAAUGACCAAGUGUCGGUUUCUGAAAGCAAUAGUAGUGUUACCCUCAACAUUGUGAGCACUCCAGCCGCUCGUCCGGUAGAAAUCACCGUUAUCACUCAAGACAUUAUUGGCGGAGUAAGACCAGCAACGGCUGAUAUUGACUACAACAUGACAAUGGCAGAGAUAACCAUCCCAGCGUUUGCAACAUCUGCUGGCUUGAACGUGGGGAUUAUUACCGAUGUCAUUGUUGAAGGUGAUGAAGUUUUCAGGGCUGUAAUAGUUGGAGCAGCAGCUGACGAGGAACCAUUGCCCGUUAGUCAGCCCCAGAGUGAGGUCACUAUUGUAGACGAUGAUGUGGUGAGUGUCAGCUUCACCAUGGCAACCUUCUCUUUUGACGAGGGAUCUGGAACUGGCUCUGUAACUAUUGUCAAGAAUGGUGCAACCAACUUUCCCUUUGAUAUCAGAGUAACUGGAGGUCCCAGUACACAGACUGGCAUCACUGUGAAUGCAGGCGGUAUUGACAGCAUCAUCACAUUCCCUGCUGAUCAGCAAAUGAUCACUAUCGACUUUCUUAUUGGUGAUGAUGACGUGGGGCUAGAAGUGUUGGAACGAUACAUUGCCAACUUGGAGAUCAUUGGUUCUCCCAGUGGAGUCGUUACCGGGACGAUCACUUCCGCUGAGGUGCAAGUGAGAGAUGAUGAUGAGGUGUCAGUUGGAUUCAAUGUUGAAUCAGUGACAGUGGAAGAAAGUGAUGGAAUGUUCAGAAUGUGUGUGCGUCUGAACAGACCUGCCGCUGAGAAUAUCAUUGUCUCCUUGGCAACACAAGACGGCUCUGCUAUAGAUGGACAAGACUACAAUUCCUCGUCCAUUCCCUCUGAGCUACUGAUAGCAGCUGGUGAGACAGAGGCAUGCUUCAUGGGUGACAUCAUCGAGGAUGGAAUACCAGGCGAGGGUACAGAGUCCUUCACCAUAGUUAUCACUGGAGUGGAUCAGUCUGGAGUAACCAUCUCUAGAGACACAACUCAAGUUAUUAUACAAGACAGCGAUGAUGGUUCUUGCGAUGCACUACCUGGUAUUGAUAAUGGAGAGAUAUCGUACAAUAUUGACAAACUGGAUAACUUCCCUGAUGGCACUGUGGCCACCUACACCUGCAACAGUGGCUACAUACUGAUGAACGGAGACUUAAUGAGAACCUGUGAAGUACAAGUAGGCUCUAGCCUCGGAAGCUUUGGUGGAACUGAACCAGAGUGCAUCCCUCUUUGCGAUGAGCUUGCAAUGAUAACCAAUGGAAUGAUUGUCUACAAUGCUGACAUGACUGCUCCUUACGACGUUGGAACUGUGGCCACCUACAGCUGUAACCCAGGUUUUGAGCUAGUGAUAAAUCCAGGCUCUGAGAUGAGGACUUGUGCGGAUGCUGGUGAUGGUAGUGGUGCUACAUUCAGUGGACAAGCUCCAACUUGUGAAGCUGUUUGUGAUGAGCUUACAACGAUAACCAAUGGAGUGAUUGUCUACAAUGUUGACAUGACUGCUCCAUACGACCUUGGAACUGUGGCCACCUACAGCUGUAAUCCAGGCUUUGGGCUCAGGGGAGGAAAUGUGAUAAGGACUUGUAUGGAUGCUGGUGAUGGUAGUGAUGGUAGAUUUGAUGGAGAGGCUCCAACUUGUGAACCACAAUGCCCCCCUCUGCCAGAGAUAGCCAAUGGAAUGAUCUCUUACCUUCCUGAUAACACUUCUGAUUAUGACGUCGGAACUAUGGCCAUUUAUGUUUGUGAAGAUGGAUUUACCCUCAGUAGAGACGAGACUAGAGAUUGUCAAUCUGAUGGAACAUUUUCUGGAAUGGAACCUGUUUGCUCUAUGACUCCUGUUUGCGAUGAGCUUGAGAUGAUAACCAAUGGAGUGAUUAUCUACACCGAUGAUAUGAUUGCUCCUUACGAUCUUGAUACUUUGGCCUCUUACAGAUGUAACCCAGGUUUUGUGCUCAGGGGAGGAAAUGUGGUGCGAACUUGUGUGGAUGCUGGUGAUGGUAGCGGUGGAAGAUUUGAUGGAGAGGCUCCAACUUGCGAACCACAAUGUCCCCCUCUGCCAGAGAUAGCCAAUGGAAUGAUCUCUUACCUUCCUGAUAACACUUCUGAUUAUGACGUCGGAACUAUAGCCAGUUACGUUUGUGAAGAUGGAUUUACCCUCAAUGGAGACGACACUAGAAAUUGUCAGUCUGACAGAACAUUCUCUGGCAUGGAACCUGUUUGCUCUAUGACUCCUGUGUGCACUGACUUGCCUGCUAUUGCCAAUGGAGAAAUUAUGUACAGUUCUGCUGACAUGCCACGACCGAUAGGGACAGUCGCCUCAUACACUUGUAAUGAUGGCUUUAACAUUGCCGGCCCAGUGAGCAGAACUUGUGUGGAGAAUGCUGGCUCUGGAAUGUUCGAUAUGACAGCUCCAACUUGUAUUCCAAUUGAGUGCGAACAACUAGAGCCCCUUGCAAAUGGAGUGAUCACAUACGAGCUCGAUACUGUGGCCCCCUAUUCACUGAGCACAAAUGCAAACCACGUGUGUAACCGUGGCUACAGACUGGUGGGUACGCAAGUGCGGGUGUGUGAGGAUGUCGGUGCAACUGACGGGCAGUUUAAUCAAGAGGCUCCAAUCUGUGAACAAAUCACUUGUGAUGAUCUACCAGCUUUGGCCAAUGCAGUCAUUAGCUACAGCAGUUCCAUCUCCCCUCGACCGGUAGACACUGUAGCCACUUAUGAAUGUGUGGAUGGGUAUACUUUGGAGAGUUCCGUCACAAGGACUUGUCAGGAAGAUGAGAUGUUUGAUGGAGAGGAACCUCGCUGUGUCUUGAUACCUGUUUGCGUUGAGCUGGAGCCCCUUGUGAAUGGAGGCAUUGAUUACGGUGGUAGAAAUGAUCCCUUCUCAGUGGGUACUGUGGCCACUUACUUCUGUAACACUGGCUACGCUCUUGUUAACGGACCUGAUAGCAAAACUUGUGUGGAAUCAGACGAGGGAACUGGAGUAUUUGACCCACCUCAAACACCAACCUGCGACCCUGAAUGUGAUCAGAUCUUUGUUCCACCAAAUGCGAUUGUGACCUACAACACUGAACCUGUCCCACCAUUUCCUGCUGGAGCUUUAGCUAUGUUUGAAUGUGUUGAUGGAUUCAGCCCAGGAACUACUAGCCCUGGACAACCCUUCCCACGACCUGGUGAGCUGAUCUUGCUCGAGUGUGGCGAGAUAGUAGAAGGAGAGGGAGGAGUCUUCGUGAGGAACGGAACAUCUUCCCAAAUUGAACUCAGCUGCACACGUGAUUGUGUAGAGCUCCGAGCUAUAUCUAAUGGGAUGAUCUCGUAUUCUCCUGACAUGACGGCUGACUACUCUGCUGGAACAGUGGCCACUUACACGUGUGACGAUGGAUUUGAACUGGUACCAGGAGUGGGCAACUCAAUGAGGACUUGCCUACCAGUGGGACAGGUGUCUGGUGCUGAUCUUAGGUCAGAAUUUGAUGGAGCAGAACCAAGAUGUGAACCUGUAUGCAUGGAGCUUAUGGCGAUACCCAAUGGAAUGAUCUCGUACUCUCCUGACAUGACUGCUCCAUACUCUGUGGACACUGUGGCCACUUACACUUGUAACAGUGGUUUCCGAUUCGUGGCUGGAUCCGGAGUGGGUGACCAGAUGAGAACUUGCACAGAAGUCACAGAGAGUGAGAGUACCGUGGUUUCAGGGGCAACAUUCGGUGGCAUGGCUCCAAGCUGUGAACCAGUUUCCACUAACAUGACAACCUGCACUAUAACUGACCCGAUGUUGGUGUCUCCGUUUACACGUUCCACCAGCUACACAUUCAUGGGCACGUGUGAACACACCCUCCUCCAGUCAUGUGACGACAGCGUGGACUUCAUGGUCCGCACUGACUUCCUCACAGACAAUAUGGAUAACGGAGCUGUCGGAGUUUUCAUUGAUGGAGCUUCGUUUAUCAGUCGGGAGAAUGGUAGUUUCGAGAGCUCUGAAACCUCAUCUUCGAUAUCUGGGGUACCUGGUCGUGUAACAGAAGUGUAUGCAGACUCCAAUGUUGAGGUGGAGAGAGGUGACACUUACACUGAGAUUAGAGUGGGCGGAGGAAUCGGAGUCAAUGUUCGACACAAUUAUGGUGACCCCUCUUUAAUAAUUGUGACCGUGGUUACUGGUAGCUCCCUGGGAGAGACGUGUGGAUUGUGCGGAACUCAGAGUGGAGACCUGAGGCGUACCAACGGAACCAUCGCUGAAAUCACUGACAGGGCACAAGUGGAGGCCUUCACAAUGGACUAUCUCACUGCUGCCGAUCAACAAGCCCUCCGUCCAAUCAGAAGAGAAUGCAGUGCAAUCAGAAAUGACACGGUGAUUGGAGAUCCUUUAUACAGUGUAGCUCUCACUAAAACUAAUGGUGGACCCGACAAUCUCUGUUACGAGGUUCGAGGGAGCACGAAUCAAAACUAUAAUCUGAUCUCUGAUGAGUGUGUGAGUGUAAACGCCCUCUAUCAAGCUAUGGAUAUUCCCGAAUUUGGCAACAUCAUGGGAAGUAUUGGUGUACGUGCAGAGACAAAUGAUGGACGAUGUUAUAGUGUUCGUGUUGAGAGAGAAGGUUGUAGAGCGUUGGCAUCAGAUGGUGUGAUGAAUCCAGCUGAGAUUAAUUCUACUUUUGUAGCCGGAGGUAUCUCUGUUCGUAGGUAUCCCAACAGGGUUCGAAUUUCUGCCCCUAACUGCGACCAGGUGACACUUGUUAUGUGGGUGCGUUGUGUGACUAGAGAGGGUCAGGACAUGCUUGACUUUGCUGUGUCUCGUGGAGCUAACCUCCGACCAACUUCUCACGGCUUGUUAGGUCAAUUCUGGAACAUUCCCGUGAGCUCCUCCCCCAUUAACGGGUCCUUCUACACAGUGACCGUUAACCCAGACGACUCUUCUGCUAGAUCGUUCACAGCGGAGAUUUUAUCCCGUACCUGGGACAAGAGACGAGAAUCGUGUCUCUAUGCUGGCAACUCUCAGGGUGGUUCAUACAACGAGCUUCAAGACUCCUCUUUCCCAGCAGACAGUGUUAUCCAGGGCAGGUUCAGCGAGUAUCAAACAACUGGGCUCUAUGCUACAGCUUGGAGAUACUCUCAAUUUAGAUCUUCUGUUUGCUCUGUGGGGAUAAUUGAAGCCUAGAGCUUCACGUCUACUCUGAACAAUUAACAUUGCAAUUUAGCAUUAGGUGUAUUAUAUAUAUAGUAUGUAUUACUCAUUAGAAGAUCACUAUUAGAAUUUACGAAAUGUGUGUCUGUGUGUAAUGUAUGUAUCAGGUAUGUAUCAGUUAUGUACAUUCUCCAAAUUGA